AAUGGAUUAGAAACUAGCAAGUAGCAAAGUGCUGCGUCGAUUAGAUCAAGCGAAUUGUAAGCUAAAGUCUCCGUGGUUUCUCCAAUCAGGUAAAGACUCUUUGAUUUUUCAUCCUAUUCUAAUUGGAAAGAAAACCCUAAAUUUAUCGUUGUAGUUGUUUGCUAAUUUUAAGCUAAGUGAUCUAAGAUUUAGGGUAUUAUAUCACCGAUUGCUCCCGGAAGUCAUUUAAACGGAUAAUUUCUGUUUGAAGUCAUUGAAAUGGAGAACAGAAGGUACAACGGCAGACAAGACAUACGUAGAAGACAACAUAAAGCAGAUGAGGUCAUAUGCUUGUGCAAGUUUUUGUUGUGUUAUUUGACUGAAGUUUAAUCAUGGAAGAUGAGGCAUCUGUUCUUGAGGAAUUUGCAGAGGAAUUUCGCCUACCAAUUCAUCACAGACCAACAGAAAACGUAGAUCUUGAUAAUGUUGAACAAGCUUCAUUAGACACACAAUUAACAUCAUCUAAUGUUGGUUUCCGGCUUCUUCAAAAGAUGGGGUGGAAAGGGAAAGGUCUUGGGAAGGAUGAACAAGGAAUCACCGAACCCAUCAAAUCCGGAAUCCGAGAUUCAAAACUCGGAGUUGGAAAACAAGAACAAGACGAUUUCUUCACAUCAGAAGAAAACAUCCAACGAAAGAAACUCGACAUUGAAGUCGAAGAAACCGAGGAAACCGCAAAGAAACGAGAGGUUAUGGCAGAUCGAGAGCACAAAAUUCAAACUGAAGUCAAUGAAAUCCGCAAGACUUUCUAUUGUGAGCUUUGCAAUAAGCAGUACAAGUUAGCAGUUGAAUUUGAAGGUCAUCUUAGCUCAUAUGAUCACAAUCAUCGAAAGCGGUUUAAAGAAAUGAGAGAAAUGCACGGAAGCAGCAGCCGUGAUGACAGGCAAAAACGUGAACAGUUGCGUCAGGAAAAGGAGAUGGCUAAGUUUGCUCAAAUGGCUGAUGCGCAUAAGCAACAACAACAACAGCAAGAGGAGUCUGGGAAAAGUAAUUUAGCAGUGAAGAAUGCUGCUACUGUUCUUGCUGAUCAGGAUCAGAGGAAGGUGUUGAAGUUUGGAUUUUCAUCAAAACUUGGUGCAUCAAAGAGUUCAGGCAUGAGUGCAGCAAAGAAGCCGAAAACACCUAUUGCAUCAGUUUUUGGAAAUGAUAGCGAUGAAGAGUAGUAAUAUUCAUAUUGUAUACUGUUUACUUGACUUCAUGUGGUUGUAUUGUAUACUUAAAAAUAUAUUUUCUCUUGUAUACUACUUGGCUUGGUGUGGUUAAACACUUAACUUUAACAACUAUACAUUAAAUGGUUGUUUCUUUUUGACUUAAUAUGGACA